AACUAGAUCUAGAUCUACUAGAAGAGAGAAGUUCAAGAACAGCUGAGCUAGCGUAGAGGAUCAGAUCACAUUGAUAAUUGAUUUGAAUUGAUUGAUCACAUGAUAAUCUAGAGUCUAGAUUAGUCACAAUUAAUUUUCCACCACUAAGGAACACUUUCAUGACAUUAAAAUUUCUUGUGCUUGAAAAGAGAAUCAUUGUUAAAGGGCGACCUUUAAACCCAUUAGUCAAAUUCUUGGAUUCACUUUAAAAUGAAAUUAUAGCUCACCAUAGACUUAAGUUCCAUUUUCCUUUUAUAACAUGAGUGCAUCGUAAACAAGACAUAAUGUCAUACUUCAGAGAUGGACAGUACAGAGAAACUCUUGCUCUGAUUGACAGUGAAAUGCAUGAAGAUGAUAUCAAGAACCUGAAAUUUCUGUCUGAACCUUUCAUACCCAAAAAACUUCAAAAAAAAUUCACAUCAGCUCUUGAGCUCUUUGAGGCUUUGGAAAAAAGUCAUCAAUUAUCAGAAAAUAAAGUUGAGGUGCUUGUGGAGCUAUUGCACAUUAUUGGACGUGUGGAUCUUGCUAUGAAAUUAUUAGAAGAUGCUCAUUUAUUAGGUCAUCAUGUGGCGCAUGGGAAAUAUGUUAAUCCAUUUUAUGUUUUGUUAUUUAAGUUAAGUGAGGAAUUAAAUAUUCAAGAACUACAGAGUCUAAGUUUUCUUUAUGGGAAAGUUCCUAAAAGAGAGACAAUUGUUUUUGGCAUUGAUUUGUUUUCUAUAAUGCUACAACAUGUAAAUUUGUCUCCAACAAAACUUAAUGACUUAGAAAGUUAUUUAGCGAAUAUCAAUAGAAAUGACUUGGUCCAGGAAAUCAGAGAUUUUAAAGGUGCACAUGAAUAUAAUAUUGUGUAUGGUGAUAAAAACAAAGAUUACGAAUGCACAAUUGAAGAAACAAUAUCCAGCCCUGUCUUAAAUUAUAAUAGUAAUGACACAAAUGCUACACAUCACUCUGAUGCAUCAGUUAUUACUAGUGAGGAAGAAUUUGAAGUUAGACCAGUUCCUGAAUCACAAUCAAGUCAAUCGAAUCAAUCACAUGAAUCCCAAGAAUCACAACAAUCAUAUAGAAAGGAAUUUUUAGUGUAUGAAGAUGAACGGCGAGAAGUUGGAAUGGAAAAUAAUUUGGCAUUAUCACUUAACCUAAAGCAUUUCACACAGGAUCCGUCUUCAGGUCCUUUGAGUGUCAAUGACAUUUUGUUUGAAGAAGAACUAGAAGAUGUAACAGAAUAUUACAGAAUGAAAGCCAGGCCUCGAGGAAUCUGUUUAAUUAUUGAUAACCAGAGGUUUACCAUUGACGAGACAGAUUUGGAGGCAACACAUUUAGGGAAUAGAAUGGGAUCAGAAAAAGAUUGUGAGGCACUAAAAUAUACCUUUGAGGAAAAACUCCAUUUUCAAGUGGAUAUAAGACAGAACCUAAAAGAUUUUGAGAUAGCUGCUGCUGUAAGAGAUGUCAGUUCUCUAGACCACUCUCAGUAUGACUGUUUUGUUUGCUGUAUACUCACACAUGGAGGAGAGGGCUUUGUCUUUGGAUCCAAUGGACGCAAAUAUAGCAUUAAAGAAAUCAUCAACUGUUUUAGUGCACAAAAGUGUCCCACGUUAGCUGGAAAACCAAAACUGUUUUUCUUACAAGCCUGCAGAGGAAAACGCCAUCAAGCAGCAACAGUUGUUGAGAUGGAUGCUCCAGAAAUGAUACCAGCUGAUGAAGAUUUAUUGCCUCCUGAAGCAGACUUCCUAUUAGGUUAUGCCACAGUUGCUGAUGCAGUCUCCUACAGAAGUAGAUCUACUGGAACUUUUUAUAUUAGUGAGCUGACUAAAGCUUUGAAUACAUUAGCUGAUAAAUAUGACUUACUGAGAAUACUAACUCGUGUAAAUUAUGAAGUUUCAAGACUUGUAUACUCUGAGGGUCAAGGCGAACAGCGUAUAGUUUAUAAACAGAUUCCAGCGCCACAGUACACCUUAAGAAAAGUUGUGAAAUUUUUAUAAAGCCAAGGAUUUUCAACAUAAUUUUGUUUCUAAAACUAAAUAACAAAAAUUCAAUUAUCGUUAUAAUAUAUUAUAAUAUAAUUCAGCACGUAUAAUUAACUUUAUCAUCACUAAAUACAAAGUUCCAUUCUUAUGUCAAGAGUUUCUUAGUAUUAAUUCAAGGACUAUUAUAAUGAGAAUGUAAACACAUUCAAGUUGUAGAUAGAAAGAAAUAUUAAAUUAAUCAAUGCGCAUUAAUUCUCUUGUAAAUAAAAAUUAUGUGUCUUAGUUAUGUAAAGUGUGUAUAUUAAAUAAUUAAAAAAAACUAUUGCAAAAUUAAAAGUAACAAUUUGUUACAUUACAUCUUUCUCAUUCAUUCUGAAUAUAUUCCAGUUACUUUUCAGUAUAACAUUGAUGUUCAUGUACUUUGAGAUUGAGCCCAUCAAAGGAGACCUACCAAACAAUAAUGUUACAAUGCUAAAGAAAGUUUUUAUUGUUCAAUUUCCAAUUUAGAUUGGAAGAUAUACAGAAAUGUUAAAAUUGUAUGCAUGAGUGAUUCAUUUUUUAAUUUAGUAAACAGAAUAACUAGCCUUUCAAAAUUAGACUUGGAUCUAUUCACUUCAAUGUUUUUAAGGUUAGCCUCAAUGUUUACGUGACCUAACCACCUCUAUGUGUCAGUUUAUCAAUGAAAGAUGUUCUUGUAUUAGAACAGAUGUUUUUCUUUGAUCUGUUUACUACAACUCAACUUAGAGCAAAUGCUGAAGUUAUGCCAACUUUAUUCAUUUACAUUUUAGAAAUUAAAAAAAAUAAAAUGUCCACAAAUCUGGAA